AUGUCAAGCAAAGCUGAAAUUGCGUCAGGGUCGGUGAAUGUUACAGUAGAUGUUUUAAAAGCGACAUCAAAGGAAGCAGCAGUAGUAGUUGAUGCGUUGGCACCUUUUUUGCCACUUAUAUCUGAAGUUGGAGCUAUUGUAGCUGAAAUAAUAGAUUUAUAUCAAACAGCUGAACAUAACAAACGUAUAUGUGGCUCAUUAUUGUCAAGAGUUACAACUGCUGAAAAUGCAGUCAACAUUUUGAAAAUACGUAGACUUGAGAAUGAAGAUUUGUUCAAGUCAAAACAAUAUUAUAAAGAUUUUCAGAAAUUGGUUAAUGUUAUCAAGAAAAUUCAGAAAUUCAUUGCUGACGUUUCACAACUUAACGGUCUAAGAAAAUUUUUGUUGGCUCAUUCAAUCGAGGAUGGGUUUAAACGUUUAACUGAUGAGUUUGAUGGAUUAAUGCGUGUUCUAAAUUUUAGUUUAGCUAUUCAAACACAAAUUCAAGUUGAAGAUGAUAAUAAAGCUCUUCGUAAGGAUAUAGAGGAAAUGACAAAUGCAAGGGGUAUUGCUGAUAAAUUAUCACAAAUCAAUGAUAAACUGGAUGAUAUUUCUCAAUUGAAUAUAUUAUGGCAAAAACAACUAUUAAACAGUGAUGAAGAUGAAUUGAGAUCAGCAAAGAUACCAUUUACUGAAUUACAUGAUCCACCUCAACCAGUUAGACGUGGCAAAGUGAUAAAAAAAGUUCGAUUGGGUGAAGAUGUGGCAAUUAAAGCAAAACCUGUUUCAAAAGAAGAUGACAAAAAAGAUAUUUUGGGUCAGGUUAUUAUUUUAAAAAAAUUGAAAGAAUCCCAAUUCAUUUGUCAAUUUUAUGGUGUGUCACAAGAUGGAGAUAUAAUGUAUUUGGUGACUGAAUGGUGUGAAUUUGGUAAUUUGACAGAUCCAACUGCAAGACCUCCACUUAAAGAUAUGUUUAUGACUUUAAAUGACAUUUAUCAUAGAUACCUACCACAAACAUCUCCAAGACCUGCAUUAAUAAGCAAAUUGACAGAUGAUGAACUGCCAAUUGAUGAUAUCAAUCAAUUGGAAAUAGAUAAUGAGAUACCUGAUAAUAUAAUAAGUAUACAUGAAGCUAUAAAUGAACAUAAGAAACAAAAUGGUGAUAAAGCUUUGGCAUGGAAUGCAUUUAAACAACAUUCUGAAGACUUUGAUGAUAUUCUUGCCAAGUAA